GAGUUCAAACAGAUAGAAGUAGACUUAUCAUUUGCGUGCAGCAUUAUUUUUAAAUUCCCUCUAUUAUCAAAGAGUUAGAGUGCCUUAGAAAUAUUUAUACAUUCACAUACGAACAUUUCUCAAUAUGGAUUUAUUAGAAGCAGUGAAGAGCCAUUCGAGAGCUUCCAGCGGAUCACGAGAGUUCCGCGAAGCGACCAAACAGGAUGCGCUCAAUAAUUUGCAGAAGGAGCUUUGCAAGCUGUCGGAGAAGGCUUUGCCAGACCAACGUGAUUUGGUUAGAAAGGAGAUGCAUGGCUUCGCAAACCUGUUCGAAAGAUUUUUGAAGGAAGAAGGCCCAUCCGUUGAGUGGGAGAGAAUCGAAAAGCUACCAGAGGAUGCAGUCCGUAAUUACAAAACACUAGAGACUCCCACCACCGAUCUCAUCCAGAUGAUGCUACAGAAGCUGGUAGUAGUAAAGCUGAAUGGUGGCCUUGGAACCUCAAUGGGAUGCCAUGGUCCCAAAUCAGUCAUCACUGUUAGAAACGAUUUGACCUUCCUAGAUUUGACGGUGCAGCAAAUUGAACAUUUGAACAAAACCUACAAUACGAACGUCCCUCUCGUUCUCAUGAACUCUUUCAAUACCGAUGAAGAUACUGAGAAAAUAGUUAGAAAAUACAAGAAUUUGCAAAUCGAAAUUUACACGUUCAACCAAUCUUGUUAUCCUAGAGUGAACCGAGAGAACUUGCUACCCAUCGCGAAGAGCUACGACGUAGACAAUGAACUAGAAGCGUGGUAUCCGCCAGGACACGGCGACUUCUACAAGAGCUUCCAGAACUCUGGAUUUUUAAGCAAAUUCAUCAAGGAAGGUCGCGAAUACUGUUUUAUUUCGAACAUCGACAAUUUAGGUGCCACUGUCGAUCUAAAUAUUCUCAAUAUGCUGCUGAACCCGAAAGAGCAAACCGCUCAUGAAUUUGUCAUGGAGGUUACGGACAAAACAAAAGCCGAUGUUAAAGGAGGCACUCUAAUCCAAUACGAGAAUAAGUUAAGACUGCUCGAGAUAGCGCAGGUGCCCAGUGAGCACGUAGACGAAUUCAAAUCCGUGAAGAAGUUCAAGUUCUUCAACACUAACAAUAUCUGGGCCAAGCUGGAUGCCAUCGAGCGCGUUCUAAAUGAAGACACCUUGAAUAUGGAGAUCAUCGUCAAUAACAAAACAAUAAAGCACAAAGGAAACAAUUUAAACGUCAUACAGCUAGAGACUGCUGUAGGGGCGGCCAUGAAAGUAUUCAACGAUGCCAUAGGAAUCAAUGUGCCUAGAAGUCGCUUUUUACCGGUUAAAAAGACUUCGGACCUGCUGUUGGUCAUGAGCAACCUGUACAGUCUGAAGAACGGAUCACUGGUUAUGUCGCCGCAAAGGAUGUUCCCAACGACGCCGCUGGUCAAACUAGGAGACAACAACUUCAGCAAGGUCAAAGACUUUCUGAUGCGUUUUGCCAAUAUACCCGAUCUUAUUGAAUUGGAUCAUCUUACAGUCUCCGGCGACGUAACUUUCGGCAGAAGCGUAUCGCUAAAAGGAACUGUAAUAAUAAUAGCAAAUCAUGGCGAACGAAUCGACAUUCCAUCGGGUGCUUGCCUCGAAAAUAAAAUUGUUUCCGGCAAUUUGCGUAUCUUGGAUCACUGAAAUGUUAAGUGACAAAGUUUUUUAAAUUUAUCUAUUUUUCUAUAAGCGUUGUAAAAUAUUGUUUAUUGUAUUUUAUUCUUCUUUCUG